AUGGCCGAGCACUCGACCAGUAGAGCCAUGGAAAUAGAAGAAGUCGUCGAUGAUGAGUUAGACCGGUGUGCGGUGGACGAGGUUGAGCUAACCGUUCCAAAAACCGACGAUCCAACGUUACCGGUUCUCACUUUUCGAAUGUGGGUUUUAGGUCUUAGCGCGUGUAUCAUACUCUCGUUCGUGAACCAGUUUUUCUGGUAUAGGCAAAUGCCGUUGAUGAUAACCGGAAUCUCGGCUCAGAUCGCGGUCUUGCCGCUCGGUCACCUGAUGGCUAGAGUGCUUCCAAAUAGGAAGUACUUGGAAGGGUCAAGGUGGGAGUUUAACAUGAAUCCUGGUCCCUUUAAUGUCAAGGAACAUGUUAUGAUCACGAUUUUCGCUAACUCUGGAGCAGGAACGGUUUAUGCGACUCAUAUACUUAGUGCUAUUAAGCUUUAUUAUAAGAGAACUCUUCCAUUUCUGCCGGCUUUUCUCCUCAUGAUCACUACUCAGUUUCUCGGAUUUGGGUGGGCUGGUCUAUUCCGUAAACACCUUGUUGAUCCUGGUGAGAUGUGGUGGCCAGGAAAUCUAGUUCAAGUGUCUCUCUUCAGUGCCUUGCACGAGAAGGAAAAGAAGAAAAAAGGAGGCAUGACCCGAAUCCAGUUCUUCCUCAUAGUCCUUGUGACCAGCUUCGCAUACUACAUUCUCCCCGGUUAUCUAUUCACAAUGAUCACUUCCAUCUCAUGGGUUUGCUGGCUUAGUCCAAAAUCGGUUUUGGUUAACCAACUCGGUUCAGGUGAACGAGGUCUUGGCAUUGGCGCAAUUGGUAUUGACUGGGCUACAAUUGGCUCUUACCUCGGUAGUCCACUCGCUAGUCCGAUCUUCGCUACCAUCAAUGUAGCCAUCGGCUUUGUGGGGGUCAUGUAUGUGGCCAUUCCGGUUUGCUACUGGCUUAAUCUUUAUAAUGCCAAAACAUUUCCCAUCUUCUCAAGUUCGCUUUUCAGAGGCAAUGGCUCUUCCUAUGAUGUUUUGAGCAUCAUUGAUAACAAGUUCCAUCUCGAUAGAGAAGUCUAUGCUAAGACUGGUCCUAUCCAUAUGAGCACUUUCUUUGCGCUUACAUAUGGUCUUGGGUUUGCUACUUUAUCCGCCACUAUGGUCCAUGUUUUACUCUUUAACGGAAGUGAUCUAUGGAAGCAAACCAAAGGAGCAUUCAAUCGGAACAAGAAAAUGGAUAUACACACAAGGAUCAUGAAGAAAAACUACAGAGAAGUUCCCAUGUGGUGGUUUCUUGUGAUCCUCGUACUCAACAUUGCGCUCAUCAUGUUCAUCUCUGUGUACUACAAUGCAACCGUGCAGCUACCUUGGUGGGGAGUGUUGCUAGCUUGUGCCAUUGCCAUCGCCUUCACUCCUCUUAUCGGUGUUAUCGUCGCCACCACUAAUCAGGCACCGGGUUUGAACGUCAUCACGGAGUAUGUAAUCGGAUAUAUCUAUCCAGAACGUCCGGUUGCGAACAUGUGCUUCAAGGUGUAUGGAUACAUCAGCAUGACUCAAGCUCUAACAUUCAUCCAAGACUUCAAACUCGGUCUCUACAUGAAGAUUCCUCCUAGAAGCAUGUUCAUGGCACAGGUUCUUGGGACACUUGUGGCUGUGAUAGUCUACACAGGAACUGCAUGGUGGUUAAUGGUAGACAUACCUCAUUUAUGUGACACAUCUUUGCUCCCUCCAAACAGCGAAUGGACAUGUCCGAUGGAUCGUGUCUUCUUCGAUGCUUCUGUGAUUUGGGGACUUGUCGGACCACGUAGAAUGUUCGGUGACUUAGGAGAAUACUCAGCCAUAAACUGGUUCUUCCUCGUAGGUGCAAUCGCUCCUUUCUUGAUCUGGCUAGCAACCAAAGCGUUUCCAGCUAAAAAAUGGAUCUCGAAGAUACAUUUUCCGGUUAUUUUAGGAGCAACCGCGAUGAUGCCACCCGCGAUGGCUGUGAAUUUCACGAGUUGGAUCAUCGUGGCGUUUAUUUUCGGACACUUCUUGUUCAAAUACAAGAGAGAAUGGUGGAAAAAGUAUAACUACGUUUUGUCGGGCGGUUUAGACGCCGGAACCGCGUUUAUGACUAUACUGAUUUUCCUGGCGAUAGGACGCAAUGGCAUUGGAUUGACGUGGUUGGGAAACGCUGGUGAUAGCGGAGUUUGCGCAUUAGCGUCUUGUCCUACCGCUAAAGGCGUUGUAAAGCAUGGAUGUCCCGUUUUCUGACCUU